CCGUUUUCUUUCGUCAGCUCUGUUCUGUUCUAUAUGUGGCUCUCACGCUGCUUGUGGAAUCUGCUCCAAAUGUUUUCCAUAUUAGUUCAGAGCCCUGUAUGUUUUCGAACAGCAGCACUCGAGCAAGGUUCACACAGAGCGAGGGCUCCAGUGAGGAGGGAGGGAAGGGCAGGGCAGGGGGUGGCAGAGAACAGUCAGGCUAAGGAGAGCAAAAGAGGCACCAAGCAAGUAAGAAAAGAAAGGACAAUAAGAUAGAGGGAGUGAGCAAGAACUUCCAGUUGGCCUCAAAGGAAGAUUAAGAACCUCAGCCCAAGUGACGAGGAAUUAUGGGGUCUGGGAAGAGUCCAGUGGGGUCCUCUGGAGGAGGCAACGCACCCCCUGGCAAUGGGAAGAAGGGAAAAGCAGAAACCGGAGGCCCAGCGGUGGAGGAAGCCCAAAUGUGUUGUGGUUGCCGUUUUCCUUUGCUGGUCACUCUUCUACAGCUUCUGCUGGGUAUCGCGAUAGCAGGCGUGGCCUUCCUCAUGAUGGCCAUUAGCCCCUCUCUGCUAGCUAGGGAGACACCCCACUGGGCCGGCAUAAUUAUGUGUGUGGUGUCUCUGUUGGGAUUCAUUCUCUUCUGCAUCACCAGAGUACCUGAUGAGAGAGCGUCAGCACAAUUUAUCACAAAGCUCCUCUACUUCCUCCUGUGCACAGUGGGGCUUGUCAUCUCCGUGCUGGUCAUCGCCUUCCAGUGCCACCACUUCGCCCUUUCUAAAGGCCUUACCUGCGAGGAAAUAGGAGAGGACUGCAUGUGCACCCUGGACCUUGAAGAUCCUAUUGCCCGUACCUUUAACUACAGUGGUGUGACAGACUGCAGUGCCAUCAGGAGCACACUACCAAUGUACAACCUUCUGCAGAUGGUCCUGAACCUGGCUCAGGCCAUUGUCUGCCUGGUGGGGGCCUUCAUGAUAUGGAAGCACCGCUACCAGGUGUUUUUUGCAGGGCUACAGACAGGAUCCCCCUCUGCCCAGCAGUGGCAGAAAGUUUAGGGCACUGAGAAGUGAUCAUGUGGCGUGUGGGAGUGUUUGUGCCUUUAGGAAGGAAACUGUUUGCUGCAAUAUCUGCCCCAACGGCAUGCGAUUGAGCAAUUGAUUGAGGCUGUGUUUGUACUGCAAUACUAUACAAUUGUGGAGAUUUUUUUAAAGGUAUUUUUCUACAUUAGCUUUUUGAAAUUUUCCACUGAUCAAUGUAAACCAUCUUUACGUGUGCCACUGCCAAGGAGGGUAUUUUGUUUUUAUCUCUGAAACUAGUACAUGAUGCAAAACGAGACCUGUCAUUUCAGGAAAAUGAGCUGCACAAUCUGUUGUUGUUUCUGCAGUGGUAAUGAUACAGUCUGCACAAAAUUUCAUUUAAUCACCAGUCAUAAUUGUCUGCUUAGUCAAAGAAAAACGCAUCAAUGUGUAAUCAUUUCAUCUAAAACUGAAAUUUUAUGCUGUUGAUGUGCAGUGAGCUUCAAGCUUCUUUUCAAUGAAAUGGUAUAUUUGUUAGACAGUUGCUGGGUUUAUUGCUAAUACAUCUUAAUCUUUAAAGCUGACAGGAAUGGUGGGACUUUGCAAAAACUUUGCACCCACUUCAGAUACCCCCACUGUUCCAGCACAAUGUCCCUGGUUCUUCUUUCUCUGCUGGUGCUCUUAUGUGCAAAUUCUUUUUUUAAAUUAAGCAUUUCUUUUGCUUAUUAUUUUGCUUAAGUGUUUUUAUUUUAUUUUAUUUUUUUACUCAGAUUCAUAGCCACAAGGAAAUUUUGUUGACUAUUGCCUUACCAUGAGAUUAAAAUGUAAUUACUAGUGUUAUGGCCUACAACGUGAAUUAAAAUAUUAUUUUAUAUAGAAAAAGGUGUAAAUUAAGCUAUCUUAUAUAUACUGUUAUGUAGUGAGAAUACACACAAGCGUAUGUGCUAAUGGCCUGUCUUAAAUCGAAUAAGAUUUCUAAAGUACGAAACAAAAAUAUCAAAUUAUUGGAUACAGUACUGCUUUAAGAAAAGAACUGCUAAAAACACUGAAUAGCCAAAUAGAAAUGAAAGGUGUGUCCAGUGAUGAGACUGGCCAAGCUUGCGGACUGAAGUCACAGCUCACACAACCAGUGAACAGCAGCAUAUGAAGGACUGGGGGAGUUUAAAGGGGUUCUUGGACAAACAGCAGGUCACUGCCUCCAGCUACAUGAAACUGAAUAAGUCUUUUCCCUCUUUUUUUUUUUUUUUUUUUACAUUUUACAAUGUAGCAUUUGCAAUAGAAGUCUAAACCGUAUUUUGAAUUUGUAGCAUAGUAAAAAUUAAACAAGUGUUAAACUUGAAAACUAAAUCAAAAAUGCAAUAAGCUCUGUGCUCAUCAAUUCAUCAUUGUCAAUGAAACUUGUACCCAAAGCAUGAUUGUUAAUUAGAAUAAGAAGAGAGCUGAUUACGGGUGUUCAAAAGUCAUGUCUCUUCAAAGACAUCCAUCAAUCUGGUGUUUGGAAGAGAUACAACAUGAUGCUUUGGCACGGGAGAAAACAAAACCAGCCCUAAAUGAAUGCUUUAUAUGACUCAUCUUUCCUGUGAGGUGAUUUCUAAUAAAAGACAUUUACAUAACUCUCUUCCUCAUCCUCAAAUCGCAUGUCCUUUAAAAUUGAUUAAGUGAAUUACAUACUUUUUUUAGUUUCUGCCAUGAUGUCAAUGUGAAAUAAUCCUUCAUUGUAUCGUUUCUGUGUAUCCUAUCUCUAACACAUUUGAUCAAAUAAUAUUCAUAUAAUAAUAUUGCUAUUACAUUGCAACUACCAUAAAGGAAAACUUUCUCUUGUACUUCAUAAAUAAUCAAUUUCCUAGCAGUGUAAAUCUCCUGAAACCUGUUAAAAACAAUUUAAGAACAUUAAAGAAUAAUUACUGUAAUGUGAAAGAAAUUAUACCAUACUGAUU